AUGGCAGUGAUUGCUGGGGAGGAAAUAACCCCUGAAAUGCUGGCUGCGCGGGCCAAGCUCAGAGAAAAGCUCGGUGCUAUCGGGCAACAGACCGGAGGCAAAGGUACAGUGAGGCGAAAGGCUAAGCGUGUUUUUAAGCCUAUUGGAGAUGACAAGAAAAUGCAGGUUAUUUUGAAACGUUUGGGCACUGCCAACAUUCCAGGUAUAGAAGAGGUCCAGAUGAUCAAGGACGAUGGGAAUAUGAUCCACAUAGUAAAUCCAAAAAUUCAAGCAUCUCCCAGCUCCAACACAUAUGUCAUAUCGGGUAAUGCAGAGGAAAAGGCAAUUUCAAUACCACAAUUGUUGGAUCAACUAAAUGCAGCAGGUAUUGACUACAAGAAACAUGGUUUGGACCCUGAGGUUCUGAAGCAGUUCAACGGGAACGACAAUGAUGAUAUCCCGGAACUUGUUGAAUCAUUUGAGGAGACUUCCAUUAAUACAUAG